AUGCAUCGAGAUUUAAAGUCGGAGGAUGUUAUUAUCGAACCUUCUACCCUACAGAUAAAAGUAAUUGAUUUUGGAUCUCCAAGUUAUUUCCCCAACUCUUAUAAAUUCAAGACCUGACUUGGAACUUCUUUCUACAUAGCACCAGAAGUGUUAGAGAGAAAAUAUACCCAGAAUGUAGAUAUUUGAAGUAUUGGACUCAUAAGGUAUCUUAUGCCAACAAGAUCUCUUUUUCAAGAAGAAGAUUUCCAGAUUAUUUAUCAACAGAUUUUGGACGAGUCUCUAUGUUUCUAUCAUGACCAGUAGCUGUACCUAAUCCAGAACGCAAUGAGAUUUAUCAAAGAUCCUCACAAGAGGAUGUCUCUUGAAGAUACCUUGACCCACACAUGGCUUCAAGAUGCCCAAAUCCCAGAAUGUUCAACUCUCUUUGAAAUUUUUCAUAAAAUUGUCCAAUAGACCACUUCCGAAUCUUCUGAAGAAGGAAAUGCUGCUUUUGAUAAAGCCCAGCUCAGCACUGAGACCGUUCUGAAGUGGAGAACACUUUAUGAGAAGAUCUAGUCUAAAGGUAUCUGCAUGGCUAGUCCUAGAAAGUGAGAAAAGAUUAUAAAAAGACAACAAGGUAAUAUAAUG